AGCUGCUGACUUCUGUCCAGUCGCCUCGAGACGGUCGCGCUAUGGGCCCUGGGUAACCGUGACGCACAGAAUGGCGGCGUGAGCAUAGUUUUGAACACCAGAGCUGUUUACGUUGCCGAAAAUUGCUCUCGUGAGUGACUUAGGAAUCAUUCCACAUGGAUCGAAACCUCAAUUUGUAUACAUAAGGACCCAGAUGGGCUUCUGGUAGCCCAAGGUACACUUUGCGUGACCCAAUUCUCGCCAGGACGAUGGAUCUCUCAGGUGGGUUGGAGCAGGUCGAAGACGACUUGCAGGAACUUAGUUUGGAGAGGACAAUCACCAAGAGCUUAAAGACACAAGAAGAAAUCGAUCGUUUGACUGUUGAUGAGAAGCUAGGUGACCUUGAACGUGCUGUUUACCUGCUCAGCUCUGGUCAGGAGGUGCAGCGCAUCAGUGUGGUGAACAGUCUGCCCCAGCUGAUACAGGACAAUGCACCCGAGGCCAUGCGAAGGGUGGUUCCCAAAGUCAGGGAGAUGCUCCACGUGGCUGGACCAGACGUCCAGCUGGCGGCCACCAUCUCCUUCCUGUCCAUCCUGGAGCGAGAGAUCAUCCCCAUCUCCACCUACUCCUCCACCUUCCUCCAGACCAUCAUCAUGAGUCUGGAGGUCAAGGACCCAGUGGUGUCCAACGCCUGGUUAGAGACACUGCUAUCUGUGUGUGGCUGUCUCCCAAAAGAUGUCAUAAAAAGAGAGAUUUUAGGUAUUGCAGUUGCCAAAGGCCAGUUGUCCCAGUCUGUACAGUCCAGACUGGCCAGCUGUAAGAUUCUGGGAAGGGUAGCCACCAAGUUUGAACCAUACAUGUAAGUAUAAGUAACUACAUA